AUGGGCGUCGAGGGAGAUCAACGAGAGUUAUUGGAGGGGCAGCCCCGGCAGUGCCGACGGCGGCGGAGGCAGCAGUGCAACGCGGAGCUGCUGCCGGGGCAGAAGGUGGAGCCGCUGCAGAAGAUGGAGUUGGCAGUGGGCCCGUUCAAAACGGAGCUGCUGGUUCAGCAGAUGGAGUCGCGCAUGUUGGAGCUACGGUGGCACGCCUCGGAGCUGCUGGCUCAGCAGAUGGAAUCGCGCGCGUUGGAGCUAAAGGUGGCGCAGCUCUGGGAGACCGCGGCGGGCAUGAAGGUGAGCAUCGGGGGCAUUCAGGCGAAUAUCUUCGAGAUCAAGAAGGGCAUGAACGACUUGGCGUCUCUCGCCUCAAAGCUGCGACACGAGAUCGACAGGCGCGUGGAGGAGCUCAUGCGCCCCCAGACCAUGGAGGAGGAGGAGAAGACGCAGACGUCGGAGUUCAAGGCCCUGCAUGAGCACAAGGACAGCUUGCAGGCAGUCAUCGCGGCGCAACAGUCGAUGCAGUAG